ACAUACCCAACUUCUCUCAUUCCACUUCCUCUCACUCAGUGCUACUGAGUCUCAACACCCUCACUCCACAAUGAGACUCUCCACAAUGAGACCCCUAAACCACACUCCAACUCUCAUUUCCUCAACUCUCACCCUCAAACCACAAUGCAUCCCCCUCACCCAACACUCCAAGUCCCACAUCAACACCAUCAAAAUACCAAACCUCUCACCGUUAAAAUCAACUCCACCCCCAUUAUCCGAAAAAGUAGGCAAAAAAUGGAAGGAAUACCAAGGAAUGAGCAACUGGAACGGCCUACUAGACCCCCUGGACGACAACCUCCGUUCCGAGAUCCUCCGCUACGGCCACUUCGUCGAAGCGGCCUACAAAUCCUUCAACCCCAACCCUUCCUCCCCGGACUACGCCACCUGCAAGUACACCAAAAGCACACUCUUCGAACAAUGCCAUUUGCCGAAAACUGGCUACAAGGUAACCAAACACCUGCGCGCCACCUCGUCGAUCCAAUUGCCUGGUUGGAUUGACAAGGCGCCGCGCUGGGUCAAUGCGGUGCAGUCCAGCUACGUCGGGUAUGUAGCGGUCUGCGACGACAAGGAAGAGAUCAAACGGCUCGGAAGGAGGGACAUUGUCAUCGCCUUCCGAGGAACCACCACUUGCUUAGAAUGGCUUGAGAAUCUUCACGCCACGCUCACGCAUUUACCAUGCAGCAUGAAAAACAAUGAAGAGAAGAAGAAAAACGGUUACCAAUUUGAUGAAAAUAUCCCCAUGGUGGAGAGUGGUUUCUUGAGCCUCUACACUUCAAAAACAGAUUCGAAUUGUUCAUUGCAAGAGAUGGUGAAGGAAGAGGUGGCGCGUGUGCUUCAAACGUACGGUGACGAGCCGUUGAGUUUAACGGUGACGGGGCACAGUUUGGGGGCGGCGUUAGCGACUUUAACGGCGUAUGAUGUGAGGACGUUUUUCAACCGGCCACCGCCUGUGACGGUGAUUUCAUUUGGUGGCCCACGGGUUGGUAACCGGAGCUUCCGGUUGAGGCUUGAGGAGCAAGGGACAAAGGUGUUGCGGAUUGUGAAUUCGGAUGAUGUUAUAACGAAGUUGCCUGGGUUUGUGUUUGAUGAUGACGUGGACGGGAGGAAGGGUGAUGUGGCAGAGAGUGAGGGGAUCCACGUGGCACGGUUUCCAAGGUGGAUUCGGAAGCGAGUGGAGGAGGCGCAGUGGGUUUACUCUGAGGUUGGGGAGGAGCUUCGCCUUUGUAGUAGGAAUUCUCCGUACCUCAGGGGUGUCAACGUCGCCACGUGUCAUGAUUUGAACACGUACCUGCACCUCGUCGAUGGCUUCGUCAGCUCCACGUGUCCCUUUAGAUCGACGGCAAAUCGGUUUCUUUCCCGGUGAUAUCUGAACUACAUGUUUGGAUACUCGAUAAAUUUUGACACAAUUUGAGAAAAAUUGAUUCAGAUGAUCAAAAGUGAUUUUUAGGAAGAAUUAGUGGUGAAUCCAAACACAUAAAAAUAUAAGAAAAGAGCCCA